UCUUGAAUUUGCUGUGUCGAACAGAUAGAGCGCCAUGGUGCAAGUAAUGGCCAACAGGACAUGUUCUGCCUCUGUCUCCUCACUCUUUGCUUCAUCUCGGCCACAAGGAUGGGCAGAGCUCCCGGACGACCUGCUCCGACCCGUUGUCGCUCUACUACGCUCGUUCCGCGACCUCCUCGCCUUCGGUACCACUUGUCGUCAUUGGUGUGAUCUCUUCUCAGCACACAGUUCUCUUUCCUUGAGUGACCUCAGAAGCAUGACCUUUCUGCGCUACUCCCAUGGUCAGCUCAUCUUCUACGACAACAAUGGUUUCCAUAUUGUUAAUCCAUUCAGUGGCACUAAGGUUGGUCCUCCUUCCAUCCAGUCAGUUCACUUCACUUGCAUCAGCUAUGUCACCUUAACUGCCCCUGUUGCAUCCGCUGAUUCGCAUCUCCUUGUCGGUGCUGGAGCCUAUCUGUUCCUGUGGCGCAUCGGGAGCGACUCUUGGACAAAACACAGCCCUAAAGUUGGUCGUUUUUCGAUUGAACAAAAUGUGACCUUCAAGGGCAAGACAUAUGCCCUAGGGUCUUUCGGGUGGUUCUACAUCAUUCACUUGUCACCCAGUCUCAUUGUUGAGAAGUUUAAAGUUGUGUUCGAGGAAGAUAAAACCGAAGAUCUCUAUUCGGCAAAUGAAAAAGCAUGGCUAGUGGUGUGUGGUGACACGCUUCUCUUGAUCAAACUUGUGGAGGCGGGAAGACGGAUGCGCUCGGAGGCCUUCCAGUUCAUGCCCUUCAAGCUUGAGUCAUUGGACACCAUGACCAAGAAGGCAAGGUGGGUGAAAGUGAACAAGUUAGAUAACUGGGCCAUCUUUAUCAGCGUUGACGAGUGGUGCGAGGCGUUGCCGUGCAUGAACCCGGAGGGAUCGGGAGGAAGGAGCAACCACAUAUACUUCCCAAGUUAUCAGUCUGAAAAACCUUGGGCUGCAGUCCAACUAUGGAAAAAAUGUUAUUACCAUUCGACACAGCUCUUCAACACUGGAAGACGUUACCUGAAAUUGGAGUCAACCUGGGUCUUCCCCGCGCGUUUCCUUGUUACGUCCUGCGAUGAUCUUACGGCCGUGAGUGCGGUUGAUGAUUAGCUUCUGAUACAGCUUUGGUGGGAGGAUUCUACUAUGUUGCAGUAGCAAGAUGAGUAGUUCACUGAAUGUUCUUGACGUGUUUCAAAACUUGCAUUACAAACAGAAGUGUAGAUUAAGUUAUCAGAUUAUGUACUUUCCUCUUUUUUUCUGCGGCAAUUACAAGGGACCCAUAUGUUUUAUUUCUCAUUUAUUACAGAUUGUGGAGUUUUC